UGUUCCAUUGACUUCCAUAUCACCAUCUCAUCAGCGUACAAACAUUUCGCGUUGUAUUUAUUCUCAGCUAGUCGUCCCAUCACACAUUCUGCUCACUUUCCCAUUGUGAAGCAAUCAAACCAUCAGAUUGUUUCAGGCGAUGACCUCAUUCACUGCUGCUUCUUUGACCAGUCGUGGUAAUAAGGUCAAUAUGAGUCGUCUGCCGUCUGUUUCGAGUUUAAUGUCCCCCCCAGAGACUAAGCCCCUCGAGAGCUUCAGUCCCACCACAAUCUCACCGUAUACAAUGGCUCAGGAUCCGCCGUAUAACCAUGAAGUGAGGCUUCCUCCCAUGCCGAGUGAUCACAAGCGAACACAGUCGGAAAUGAACUUGCCAUCGCCGCCAGUCACUCCCUAUACUGGGAAUAAGAAACGGCGAUCGAAUGGACCAGAACCGAUUGAUAAGGAUGCCGUCGUCGGUUCCUCCAGGGACCCUGUUCUCUUUCCCCGCCACGAAGGCCUUACUGAUAUUGCCACUGAUGAGCCGUUGUUUGGGUCCAUGCUCCCCCCAUCUGCGGAAGCGUUGGUUGACCAGCAUAUAAAUUCUCACAUGGCGAGAUUUGAAAAUAAACUUAACAAGCCGACGCGUGACGAAUAUCUUCUAGCUCUUUCAUGCGUGCCGAUUGUAUCUGCCCAAUUUAACCGGAACCCAGCAGCAUGGGCUAGGGAAGAGCGGGAGACCUUAGAACGCCAGCUUUUGAUGAUGAAUCGGUGUCGUCCACGUGCUAUGGAUGCGAAGCUGAAGAAGAUCGCUCCGGCUCCUGCAAAAAGGGCAGUUGCUGCCCAGCCUCGUCUGCAACGGACACCAAGGGUAAAGCGGACGCCAAAGUCCACACCGAAGCAAAGGAUCCUCGAUACAUUUGACUCACCCCCGUCGAGUGCCAAGCCGCCUCGCGCCAUAGGCACAAACCGGGAUGAUACAGAUUACAAUUCCAUCAAGGACUAUUGCCCCUCAAUAGAGACCCUUGGAGGCAACGCAAAGGCACUAAAGGCAGAUUGGAAAGGCCAAGUGUUAGAUCUUAGCCAUGAUCCGGAUCGGCAUUUGCUGAGCUCUGCAGAGCUCAACCUUGCUGCCACUUUAAGGCUUUCAUGUGCGACCUACCUAUGCAGCAAGCGUCGCAUUUUCGAAGCCCGCGUGAAGGCUUUGAAUGUUGGUAAGGAAUUUCGAAAGACCGAUGCUCAGCAGGCUUGCAAGAUUGAUGUCAAUAAAGCAAGCAAGCUCUGGACGGCGUAUGAGCGGGUUGGUUGGUUCGAUCCCGAACAUUUUCGACAGUAUCGAAGAUAAUAUGCUUGGAACUGUUGAACCCUGUGGAUCCCGAUGACCUGCCUUCCCCAUUGAUAUACUGGUAAUGAUGCGUCAGAGACGUGGUCGCAUGCCUGUACCAUCAUUAGUCCAAUUGCAUUUCUCAACUCACAACUUUCGCGCCCGUCAAUUAGCCAUCGGAUAUUGGUACGGUACUUACAUUUGUCACUGAGCAUAGCUGGAUUCUCUGCAACAAGUGGCAAGGCUGCAUACGGUGUUAUAUUGCUCUUUCUUUUCCC